GCCCCCAGCACCUGCGCUGUCGCCAUCGCUAGCGACUCACCACGUUCACGGCUUCACGCUCACUCCCUUCACUCUUCGGACGCCGCGAAUAAGUAGCCGCGCGCACCUCCAGAGUGAGCCGGUCAGUCAGUGUCAGUGCCAUGGCGAGAGCACGAACAGAGCUCCUCCGCUUCCUCCUCCUCAUCGUCCUCGCCACCGGCGCCGCUACGGCCGCCGCCACCGCGGUGGACGCGCCGGCGCCCGCGGCAGCUGCAGGGUUGGCGGCCGCGGCAGCACCAUCAGCGUCGGGGUGCCGGCGCGGCGACGUGGUGGUGCGGCAGCGCGCGACGGGUCGGACGGUGGAGGGGAAGCCCGAGUACGCGGUGGAGGUGCGGAACGCGUGCCGGUGCGCGCAGUCCCGGGUGGUGCUCCGCUGCUACGGCCUCAGCAGCGUGGAGGCCGUGGACCCGCGCGCCAUCCGCGCAGUCGACGCCGAGCGCUGCCUGCUCCGCGGCGGCCGCGCCCUGGCGCCCCGUGGCGGCGCCGCCGUGCGCUUCACCUACGCCUGGAUGACUCCGCAGGACUUCCCGCUCGUCAGCGCCCAGCCGCACUGCUAGCGCUUACUGCUUAGUAGCUAGAGCUUGCUGGGCUCGGAGAGUUUGUUUGCUGCUGAUACGAUUCGUCGAGCAAGAGUAGCUGAUGGAUUGAGUUGCUAAGUGUAAUUAUUAAACGAGCUUUAUUAGGUUGGAGUUUUGUUUAGGCUCGGUGUCUUUGGUUUCGUGGCUGGGUUUAAUUUGUACUACUUGUUAACCUUGCGUUUUAUGAUGAUAAUUUUUUGCUCUA